AUGCCAGUUUACCUACUCUACGGAUUUCGCUGGCCUCGUGCCGGCUUCACAGGAAUCCGAGUCUACAUCGUUUUGCAUAAUCUGGAAGAAGCGACAGCAGAAUAUCUUCAACAGCCAUUAACCACACAGCUCCUCGUCGAGUCAUUCAACAAGACGGAACCGAGUAUCGUGUCCCGUCUCCCCGACAUGCAAUUCAUCGAGCAGUACGACCCGGAUGAUACGAGUGAGGAGGCUGUUAGCAAAUCUCACGCGUAUGUCGCAGCUAAGGUGAUCACGAUGCCUGAUGUUGGUAGCCCAGGGGCUUGUCUUAGCUUUGAUGCCGAGGAGCUAGUCAAGGACUCGGGGCUGGAUCAGGACGCCUCGGAAGCGUUAGCGGAAAUGCGCGAUAAAUAUGCUGCGGGGGAGAAGAUCGGAUGGUAUAUUGUGUACAAUGGAGACCCGGAGAGGUAUUUCCCUCCAGAUGAAGAUGAAGAGGAUGAUCAUAGCAUGUACGAUGAUCAUGAGGAGGUGGAAGUGAAUGGAAGCGAACGUGGCACUUCGUCCCGACCGCCGUCUACCCCUACUGCGAUACUGACUCGUCUCUUCUCCAAAAAAUCACACUGA